GCUUCUUUCUUGCGCUUACAUAACGCGACCUCCCUCCCUUUUUUCUUUCUCCCUCUCGAACGCGCGCGCGCAAGCAACGUGUCCCUGGAUUGACGUGCCUUGUCGACCAAUGGCGCAGCCAGGUUCUUUGAGCCGGGCCAUUAGCGGUGCUCGGAAGGUGGCGAGGAACGGAGUAGGCGGGCCGCCAUAAAGAAAAAAAGAGAGAGAGCGCGCGAGCAAGGCGCUGUUCUUUUCCCCUCCCUCUGUGCCCGCUGUAGUUCGCGCGCGCGCAGAGAGAGGCGAGAGCGGCUGAGGGGGAUUCUCCCUCCCUCCCGCGCUCGCUUCUGUGAGGAGAAAGAGGGAGGCGGAGGCGGCUUCGGCCUCGGAGUCGGUCGCGCCAUUUGUUUGCCCGUCGCCGCCGGGCGAUGGCGCCGCUGCUGGGCCGCAAGCCCUUCCCGCUGGCCAAGCCGCUGCCGCCACAGCCACUGCCGCCGCCGCCGGGGGAGCUGCCGGGGGAGCCGCCGGAGGAGCGCUUCGUCAUCGCCCACACGCAGGAGGCCUUCCGCUCCAGCGAAGAGUACGAAGCACGGCUUGAAAAGUACAAUCAACGAAUAUGGACCUGCAAAAGUACCGGAAGCAGCCAGCUGACACACAAAGAAGCCUGGGAGGAAGAGCAGGAAGUUGCUGAGCUCUUAAAGGAGGAAUUCCCAGUAUGGUAUGAGAACCUUGUCUUGGAAAUGGUUCACCACAACACAAUUUCCUUAGAAAAACUGGUAGACACUUCAUGGCUGGAGAUCAUGACCAAGUUUGCUGUGGGAGAAGAGUGUGACUUUGAGGUUGGGAAAGAGAAGGUGCUCCGGGUGAAGGUAGUGAAAAUCCAUCCUCUGGAGAAGGCAACAGAGGAGGAGGAGGCGGUGGCGGCAGCACAGAAGAAAGCUGAUGGGGCCUGUGAUUCCCCGUCCAGUGACAAAGAGAAUUCCAGCCAGGCUGUUCAGGACAACCAAAAGGAACUGGCACUGAAGGAAGACGACAGCCGGAGAGAUAGUCUGAGUGACCGGGCACGGCGAUCUCCUCGGAAGCUGCCAACUUCUCUGAAGAAGGAAGAAAAGAAAUGGGUCCCUCCCAAGUUCUUACCCCACAAAUACGAUGUCAAGCUGCAAAAUGAAGACAAGAUCAUCAGCAACGUGCCAGUGGACAGCUUAAUUCGUACAGAGCGGCCCCCAAACAAGGAGAUCCUGCGCUAUUUCAUCCGCCACAAUGCCCUUCGGGCUGGAACUGGCGAGAACGCCCCCUGGGUCGUUGAGGAUGAGCUGGUGAAGAAAUAUUCCCUUCCCAGCAAGUUCAGUGACUUCUUGCUUGACCCGUAUAAAUACCUGACACUCAACCCCUCAGCGAAGAGGAAGAGGACAUCGUCACCCGAUAGGAAGCCUUCCAAAAGGCCCAAAUCGGACGGCUCUGCUCCAGGCCAGGGGCUGAGCCCCCCCUCACUCUGGUGCAGCGUCCACUUGAAGAAGACGCUGAUGGGCUCCCCACUGAAAGUCAAGAACUCCAAGAGCCCCAAGUCCCCCACAGAGGAGCUGGAGGAGGUGAUGAAGAUGAUGUCGGCUGGGAAGCUGGGCAGUAACUUCAGCAAGAAGCAGCAGAGAAACAAGAAGCUGCUGAACGGGCAGAAGUCUGGCAAAUCCCGGCCUCCCAAGAAAGACUCUAAGAUGAAGAUGAAGCAGAUGACCCUGCUGGACAUGGCGACCAAGGGCACCCCCAAGGUGUCACGAUCCCCCCGGAGCUCGGCGGGGAGCCCCAGGUCCUCCAGCAAGCCCCCAAAGCACCUCCCCCCUGCGGCUCUCCACCUCAUUGCCUACUACAGAGAGAACAAGGACCGCGAGGACAGGAAGAGCGCCCUCUCUUGCAUCAUCUCCAAAGCUGCCCGGCUGCUGUCUAGCGAGGAUCGUGCCCGCCUUCCUGAGGAGUUGCGGGGGAUAGUGCAGAAGCGCUACGAGCUCCUCGAGCACCGGAAGAACUGGGCCUCCAUGACCGAGGACCAGCGGAAGGAGUACUUGAAGAAGAAGCGGGAGAAGCUGAAGGAGAAACUGAAGGCGAGGGCCCGGGAGCGGCGGGAGAAGGAGAUGCUGGAGAAGCUGGAGAAGCAGAAGCGCUACGAGGACCAGGACCUCCAGGGGGGCAACCUGCCUGCCUUCAAGCUGGUGGACACGCCUGAGGGGCUCCCCAACACCCUCUUUGGGGACGUGGCCAUGGUUGUGGAGUUCCUCAGCUGCUACUCGGGGCUCCUGCUGCCGGAUGCCCAGUAUCCCAUCACUGCCAUGUCCCUCAUGGAAGCCCUGUGUGCUGACAAAGGGGGCUUCCUGUACUUGAACAGAAUUCUGGUUAUUCUCCUGCAGACCCUUCUGCAAGAUGAGAUAGCGGAAGACUAUCGUGAGCUGGGCAUGAAGCUGUCAGAAAUCCCGCUCACUCUGCAUUCCGUCUCCGAGUUAGUCCGCCUCUGCCUGCGCAAGUCGGACGUGCAAGAGGAGAGCGAGGCGUCGGAGAACGCUGAAGAGAGCAAAGGCCUGGCAGCCUUUGAGGACAACGAGGUGCAGGACGAGUUCCUGGAGAAGCUCGAGACGUCAGAAUUCUUUGAGCUGACCUGCGAGGAGAAGCUGCAGAUCCUGGCUGCGCUCUGCCACCGGAUCCUGAUGACCUACUCGGUGCAGGAUCACGUAGAGGCGAAGCAGCAGAUGUCGGCGGAGCUGUGGAAGGAGCGGCUGGCGAUUCUGAAGGAGGAGAACGACAAGAAGAGGGCGGAGAAGCAGAAACGGAAGGAGAUGGUGGCCAAGAGCAAGGAGGGCAGCGGCAAAGAGGAGGGCAGCUUUGGGGGAAAGGGGGAGAAGAAGAAAGGGGAGGUGGGGGCUGCGGCAGUGGAAAAAGCCGUCAAGACAGAGCAGCGGGCAGAGGCGGAAGCGGAGGACAUGAUCAGCGCAGUCAAGAGCAGGAGACUUCUGGCUAUCCAGGCCAAGAAGGAGAAGGAGCAGCAGGAGAUGCAGAUGAAAGUAAAACUUGAAAGAGAAGCAGAAGAGGAGCGGAUUCGGAAGCAUAAGGCUGCAGCUGAAAAGGCCUUUCAAGACGGCAUUGCCAAGGCCAAGCUGGUCAUGCGCAGGACGCCAGUCGGCACGGACCGCAAUCACAACAGGUAUUGGCUGUUCUCUGAUGAGGUUCCUGGGCUGUUCAUAGAGAAGGGCUGGGUGCAUGAUGGUAUCAACUAUAAUUUCAUGCCUCCCCACAAAGAGGAGGAGGAGGAGGAGGAGGAGGAGGGAGAAGAGGAGGAAGAAGAGGAAGAGGAAGACGAGGAGGACUACCAGCAAGACACUCAGGAGAGCCUGGUGGAAGGCAGUGUCUUGAACGCUCCACAAGGGGUCCUGCCCGUCCCAGAGAUUCCUGUGGAGACCACGGUGCCCAAGCAGGGACAGAACCUCUGGUUUCUCUGUGACAGCCAGAAAGAACUGGAUGACCUGCUAGCUGCCUUGCAUUCUCAGGGGAUCAGAGAGAGCCAGCUGAAAGAUCGCCUGCAGAAAAGAUAUCAAGACAUCACACAUUCCAUGCAUUUGGCUCGGAAGCAGAACCCAGGCCUGAAGUCCUGUGACGGCAACCAGGAACUGCUGAACUUCCUGCGCAGCGACCUCAUUGAAGUGGCCACACGGCUGCAGAAAGGCGGCUUGGGAUACAUCAGUGAGGCAGAGUUUGAAGCCAAGGUUUGCACGCUGGAGAGCCUGAAGGAUUUCGGGGAGUGUGUGGUUGCCCUCCAGGCCAGCGUUAUCAAGAAGUUCCUGCAAGGCUUCAUGGCCCCCAAGCAGAAGAAGAGAAAACACCAAGGGGAGGAUGCUGUUGCCAAGGCAGCUGAGGAAGUGGACGAGGAGAAGAGGGUGGCAGAAGAAGCCAAGGUCGCUUCAGCCCUGGAGAAGUGGAAGGUGGCCAUCCGGGAGGCGCAGACCUUCUCCCGUGUGCAUGUGCUGCUGGGCAUGCUGGACGCCUGCAUCAAGUGGGACAUGUCGGCAGAGAACGCCCGGUGCAAAGUCUGUCGGAAGAAAGGUGAGGACGACAAGCUCAUUUUGUGCGAUGAGUGCAACAAAGCCUUCCAUCUCUUCUGCCUGAGGCCUGCCCUCUACGAGAUCCCAGAAGGCGAGUGGCAAUGCCCAGCUUGCCAGCCCUCUGUGGCCAGGCGCAGCUCCCGGGGCAGAAACUAUGCUGAAGACUCUGUUGGAGAGGAGAGCGAAGCCGGGGAGGAGGAUUCUGAGGAGGAGGAGGAGGAAGAGGAGGAAGACUAUGAGGUUGCUGGAUUGAAAUUGAGGCCCAGGAAAGCAGCCAAGGGGAAGCAAGGUGGCCCAGCUGCAGACCCUCCACGGCGAGGCCGGCAUCAAGGGAAGAAGCGGGCCCUGCAUGGCCCCCGAGGGUCCCGGCAGCGGGCUGCCCCUGUCAGUGAAGCAGACAUCGAUGAGCUGAUGUAUCAGACGAAGAAGAUCUCUCGCCGGCAGAACCUGGAGCUGCAGAAGUGUGAGGAAAUCCUCAACAAGCUUGUCAAGUACCGCUUCAGCUGGCCUUUCAGGGAGCCGGUGACCACUGAAGAGGCCGAAGACUAUUUUGAGGUGAUCAGCAGCCCCAUGGACUUCCAGACCAUGCGGAGCAAGUGCUGCUGUGGCAGCUACCGCUCUGUGCAGGAUUUCCUCUCCGACAUCAAGCAGGUCUUCACCAACGCCGAGCAAUACAACCAGAAUGGCAGCCACGUCCUCUCCUGCCUGGAGAAGACGGAACAGUGCUUGAUAGACAUGCUGCAGAAACACCUGCCGGGCCACACGUACUUGCGGCGGAAAUACAAGCGGCCGCUGGCCCAGCCCGGCCCGGAACUCGAGGAGGCUGAUGGGGACAGCGAUCCCGAGGCGCUGGAGUAUUCCAGGGGGCGGAAGAGGAAGAAAUGAAGGGCCCCCGGAGGGGGCGCGGUUGGAGCAGGACCCGCUGCCCGGCUCUCCUUCCGCUCGCUCUCGCUUGACUCUCGGCAACUUCCUGAAGCGUUUGAUCAGCCCCCAAGUGGAACAGGCGGCGUAGUAGUUCCUCUGCAGGCCAGGCAGAAGGGCCCUGGGGGGAGUGGAGGGAGCAGCCUCCAGUCGGGGGGGGGAGGCUCUUCUCUGCUCCAGAGGGGCCCCCUUCCUCUCCUCCGCUGUCCUGGCUCACGUUUGGACACAAGCAAGCCUGCCUGUGGGCUGACGGAUGGGCUCUCUAUUUAUGAGUGAGUACCUGGAGCCCUGCGAGGAAGCCAUCUUGCAGAAAGACAAGCAAGCACUUACCUCUCCAGGUGACCCCCACCCCUUUCACCAGCAUCUCUGUGUAGACCAGCUUUGGGGGUGCUUCUCUCUCUGCCCUUUCUAUUUUGGGUGUAGUGGAGGGAAGGUUGUGCCCUCCCCUGCCCCGGGGGAAGAGAGCGUGGGGCUUGUGGUGGCUGGAGGAAUGCCGCUCCUCCCCAACUUUUAACUCUUUUUUUCCUAGUUAAGGAAAGAUUCUUGUUUCCAGCAUUGACCUUGUACAGAACACCUUGUAAGAUACACUCGUCUUGGCUUUGACAUGGACUGUACAGUUUAUAUGAGGAUGAUGUGUUGGCUUUAUAUUCCUUUUCCCUGCCCCCCCCCCAUAUAAACCACUUGUUUUUUCUUAGAUAAAGUAGCUGGGAGUUGACCCAGGGAAUCCGUGAGGGGUUGUGCCCUUUGUAGCUUUCUUCAGCCCCCUUUCCUAGUCCUGCCCCUUCUCCUCUGCCUCAUCUCUCCUCUCCUGAUGCUGGGAUCUGGGUUGGGUCACAGGAGGGUCUGACCUUGCAGAGGAGCCCUCAGAGUCUGGGGGCAGCCUGGGCCGCCCCACAAAGAUGCUUCUCUCUCCCCCACCCUCCGCCCCCCAUUUUUCUGUUGGACCUUCCUCCAUUUCAAGAAGCAUUUCCCUCCUUUGGGUUGCGUUCUGAUUUGAGACGGUGGGAUUAUGAACAAGGCGUGGUCCUCCUUCUCGAAAGGGGGCCUCCCAACCCAGCUCUUGCUUCUGCUGGAGCUGGGAAGGCUGUGGCGCUGAGGACCCCAGCCUGGCAGUGGGUCACUUCCUCUCCUCGGCCGCCAGCAGUGACCCCCACCCCACCUGCAAACUGCCACCUGCCCACUUUCCUCCCCUGCAGCUUUUGUUCUGUUGAAUUUUCCCCUCCCCCUCCAACCUCUCUCUACACAAUGAUAUGUUUUUGGACUAUUUUUUUUAAAGGUUGUUGCUUGUUGAGGAGGGGGGGUUCUGCUAAGGGCUGUACUUGUAAUAAAUUGGAAAUAUAAAAGUAAAA